UGCGCAUGCACAUGUGGGACAUGUGCACUGCAUUUCAAAAUGGCAACUUGCAGUAUAGAAGACGUGUUGGCUAAAGCUGAGAAAGAUGAAGCAGAGAAACUCAAAAGUAUAACAGUAAUCAAAGAGCUUGAUCUAGAAUUUGACCUAGGUAACAUGCUCGCUUUAGACAAGAAUCCGCCUAGUAUUCGAGAGUUCAGGGAGAAUAAAAAAGACGAGUUUCUGCGCUCUCUGGCCCGGGAUAACGCACAGCUGCUACUCAACGAGAUCUGGAAAUUGCCCACCGAGAGAGUUGAUGAGGUAAUAGUUGCCAAAUUACCCGAACCAACUACUCGGUUGCCCAGGGAAAAGCCACCACCGAAGCCCAGACCCCCGACUAAAUGGGAGGAGUUCGCCAAACUGAAGGGAAUCCAGAAGAAAAAGAAAACUAACUUGAUGUGGGACGACGUGCAUAAGGAAUGGAAAAGGCGAUGGGGCUACAAACGUGCCAAGGAUGACACGAAAGAGUGGCUUCUUGAAGUUCCUGAGACCGCGGAUCCAAAUGAGGACCAGUUCGCGAAGCGCAACAAGGCCAAGAAAGAGAGAGUGGCAAAGAACGAGUUAAAUCGUUUGCGGAACAUUGCCAGGGCACAGAAGAUAAAAGUGCCAGGGAUUGGUCUUGCACCAACCGGACAGCAGUCCAAAUCCGAGCUGGAGAAAGCAGUGCAUGUGGCUAAACUGUCCACCGCUUCGGUCGGUAAAUUUCAAGACCGUCUACCAAAGGAGAAGGCGCCCAGAAAUACUGGGAAGAAAAGGAAGUUUCAACCUCUCAUUGGGGACUUCUCCACUGAAAAGCAAAAACAGCUGGACAUUUUGAAAAUUAUGGACGGCAAAAAGCCCCGACUGGACAUCAACAAAGCGGUGAACAAGCAAAUGAGAGAAGAGGACAUGGAGUCUGAUUCCAAAAAGAAAGGUCGCCCAGGAAAGAAGGGUGGAAAGGGAAAGGGAAAGGGAAAUUUUUCGGGGAAAAAGGGGAAAGGAACCGGGUCAGCCAAGGGUGGUAAAAACCGCAAACCACGUAUGAAGCUGGGGAAACGAUAGUUCUUGUUUGGUAGUUUAUUUUUUCUCGUUAUAUGCUGUCUAAGAAUUUACAUUUUUCUUUAAAUCUUCUUUUGUUUCUUUAAAUUUGUCGUUGAAAUAUCCAGGAUUUUAAAAUCCAGGUUAUAAGUGCCUCUUGCCCGAAACUGAAGUUGCUAUAAUAUAGCCUAUGCGUUGUCCUGUGUUCACUCUUGGUACUCGGGAUAACGUUAGUCGUCAAUGGGGGUAUUUAACCGCCAUCGUUAAAAUGUUGUAAAUACAAAAUAUCUAGCGACAAACGAGAUAAUCAGUAUGGGUAAUUGUCAUCUGUGUUUUUGCUGCUUUUGUAUUAGCCCAAUAUGUGAUCAUUAAAUCCACCAGCAAAUAAUCUUAACCGUUCUGAAAUUGUAUUUGCUUUUGUAAGAUUACUUUGAAACAAAUGGUCUCAUGAAAUAAAUCUAUUGGAUUAUGUAAUAAAACAA